AUGGCCGACCAGGCGAAGAUCAUCGAACAACUCCAGAAACGUCUCCAGAUCCUGGAAGACAAGAAUGAGCUGCAAACGUUGCUGAACGCGUACUGCACCACGGCCGAUUCCAAAGACUGGAAAGGGUACGCGGACACCUACAUCGAGGACGGCCCCAUCAUGACAUUUGAAUCCUGGGGCGACAUCGUGGGCAAAGAGGCCAUCCUCAAGGCGGCCAGUGUAGAGGCACAGUUCGAGGGUCUUCAGCACACCAUGACCAACAUGGAAUUCAAGGUGGACGGCUCAGACAAGGCGACCGGCACCGCAUACCUCUGGUUCUGCGCCACUCCCGAGACAGCGAAACCAGAAAUCCAUUACGCCUUUGGUGGCCCGUACCGUUUUGAAUUCCAACGCACUGCCCAGGGAUGGAGGAUCGCGCACAUGUGGAUGAAGAAGAUCUGGGCACAGGGUACUGACACGAAAAAGGUGUUCGGGGGCGCCUAG